GUUCCGUUUUACUUCCACGCAGAGACUUCGUUUACACUGCUACGAUAGCUGUAUACUACAUUUAACUCUUAACGAGGACACCCAGUGCUGAAGAUGAGUCUACUACAGCUGUACCCCGCCCUGUGUGUGUCCGAUGUUGUGUGGGUGGUUGCCCUGUUUGCAUUGCUGUACGGGCUGGUGUAUGCAGGGGAGAGGCGCGACCUGGUCCUGCCGCCCGGCCCGACACCUUUGCCGAUUAUCGGGAACCUGCUGAACAUGGUGGGGGCCGAUCCGCAUAUCAGGAUGACUCAGAUGGCAAAGAAAUUUGGAGACGUCUAUCAGGUGUGGAUCGGUAUGGAGAAAGUAAUCGUCAUCAACGACAUUGACCUUGCUAAGGAGGCCCUGGUGAAGAACGGUGACGACUUUGCGGGGCGAGCCCACCUCCCCACCACCGACCUGCUGUCCAACAGCGGCAUGGGCAUCGCCUUCGCAGACUACGGCAGAGGCUGGAGGAUCCACAAGAAACUCACGCACAACUCGCUCAAGAUGUUUGGGAACGGCAUGCAGCAGCUUGAGAGCCGGAUCUCGGAGGAAGCCGACUGGCUGUGCUCCCACAUCGCCGCCUCCGCCGGCCGACCUCUCGACCCGUACCUGGGGCUGAACGUCGUCAUCGGGAACAUCAUCAGUAGUCUCUGCCUGGGGAAGCGGUACCACCCGGAGGACCCGGAGUUCAGAACCAUCGUGCGCUACAACGAAGGUCUCGUAGAUACGGUCGGCAAGGACGGCCUCAUUGACGUGUUCCCCCUGUUGGCGAAACUUCCUAACGCCACCGUGAGGAAAAUGAAGGAGUGCCUUGAGCUGAGGAAUAAAGUGCUGUCUAAGAAUAUCGAGGAACAUCGGGCGACCUACCAGGACGGGAAGAUCCGUGAUUUGAUUGACACGCUGCUGAAGGCCCAGGCCGAGGCGGUGAUGGCGAGCGGACACAGGGCCCUCCGCCAUCUGAGCGACCAGCACAUCCUCAUCACUGUCAACGACGUGUUCGGGGGAGGGAUGGAGACGGCCACCACCACCCUGAGGUGGAUCCUGCUGUUCCUUGUGCACUACCCCGAGGUUCAGGACAGGAUCCAGGCGGAGAUGCAGCAGGUCCUGUGCGCGAACGACCCGGUCCGUCUGUCUGACAGGGAGCGGCUGCCGUACCUGGAGGCCACCAUCAGAGAGGUGCUCCGGAUGAGACCUGUGGCGCCUCUCGCCAUUCCGCAUGUCACUAUCAGGGAUACGUCGGUUGGGGACUUCGACGUUCCCCAGGGAACCCGUGUGAUGUUCAACCUGUGGGCCAUUCACCAUGACGAGCGCCACUGGACAGAUCCGGCUACAUUCAACCCUGACCGAUUCCUCGACGCGAAGACGGGCCAGCUCCUUCGCGGCGGCAGCUUCCUGCCGUUCCUGGCCGGCUGUCGCGGCUGUCUGGGGGAGUCCAUGGCCAAGGCCGAGCUGUUCCUCUUCACAGCACGGAUCCUCAGGGACUUCCGGCUGGAGCUGCCUGACGGGGUUUCCCCACCCAGUCUGCAGGGGCGGUACGGGGUCGUCAUGGCUCCGGACAGAUACGACAUCUGCUUCAGACCCAGAGAAGAACAACUAUAAAUAGAUGUUAAAUCGUACAUCUCAAUGUACAGAAUAAUACGAGGGCACUCCAAAACGUCAUACCAUUGGUAUGAUAACAAGCUCAUUUUUUCAUCAACUCAGCCGCUCAUAAAAAUCUGAACAACAAAUUUAGCCUCUCAAGAAGAUAUAUCCCUUUGUGCCCUAUACCUUUGUGCCAAAUUUCAUAAUUUUAUCUCAUCUGAAAAAAAAUGAGGUUGUUAUCAAAUCAAUGCUUUUUGAAGGACCCUCGUACCAUGUAUUCUCUUUUUGCUUUACCUUUGCUGGGCAGCCUUGUAUAUAUGUAACGACUAUGCAGCGACCGAACCAAUCAAUGUUAGAAAUCAAUAAUGGUAUACGUAUUUAUUUAAGAGUGUGUUGACAUAUAAAUAAUUCUAGACUAAUAUAUUUGAGGACAAUGACAAUGGGUCAAUAUAUGGUGUCAUCGCAGUGACUUUGUCAAAGCCCGCAUUUUGAGUUGAUAACAUUCUGUAAAUAUAGGUCAAAUGCCAAAUGAAGUCUUUAAAUCUUGUGUAGAGUCAAGUUUGUGGUGGAUGCCUAAAUCAUGCGUUUUGUUACUGAAUGCUGAAUAUAGGUUGCACUUUGUAAAAACUUACGUACAUACAUGUAUCUAUUUGUUUAUUCAUAUUUAUCCUAAUUUAUUUAUAAUUGUUCAUACCAAUUGUUCAUGAUGAACCUCCUCUGUUGAUAAAUA